CAUACUGCGCCCGCGCCCUCACCCUCCCUCACAUCUCUCGCGACGUCGGACACGCCGUCGCCAAGCUCUUCCUUCUGCUUUCUUCCUUGACGAGCACGAUGUGCACAGUAGCGUCGCCCUUCUGCUUCAGAUUGACUUCGCCUUUAGCCUAAAGUGUGAGGGCUAAUGAAUGAUGUUGAUCCUUCUGGUCCAAUAAAAUGUGCUACGAAUGCGUGGGAAAAAUGGGUGAGGUUUAUGGUCUAUUUUUAAUGACCACAUUCCCUCGGAUUGAAACCAGGAGAAUCCAGAGUAUAAGAAAUUCAUAUAUAAGCCACUUCCCUUUGUUCAUGAAUUAACCGAAUCGUUCAAGGAUAUAAUAGCACAGGUCACAUAUAUACACUUGCUGCUGCUGAUACAUACAGUCUUGAAAUGGAUUUACAAGAAGGAUUAGGAGACAACGAUGAAAUUCAUGGGAUGAGAGGUGAAGGUUCUGAGCUUGAACAAACGAAUUUAAGCAAUAUUGGAGCACAUAAUGGUGUUACCAAUUCAGGUAGGAAACGAAAGAGAGGUGAACAUGGUGAGAAAAAUAAAGAGAAGAAAAAGGAGAAACGUCCUGUCACGAGGGAAAUAGCUGAUUCAUUAAAUCGAAUUGCGGAUGCACAGGAGUCAAAAGCAGCUUUUAUUCGGUCACUUCUUGCAUCUGAAUCCUCUGUUCGUGAAAUUAUAGCUGAAAUCAGACAAAUUGAGGAGAUUGCAAAUGAUGAUGAUUGGCUUGGACGGUGCUGUACUCUCAUGAUGAAUAUGGAUGCAAGGGGAAUGUAUUCAGCACUUAAAGAUGACCGGGGAGUGCUAUUGGCCUUCUUGAAGCAGGGGGCUUACAACCCACCAAAAUAACUUAGUUCCACCUUUUCUUAGUUAUGUAUGAUAGUUUCAACUUGGUUGAAAUGAUUUAUUUUCCAUCUUGUUCUGUGUUAGUUCCAUGCGACGUAAGUGAACUUUGUUAAGAACUGGCUGACAAAAACUAUGUAAGUUUUGUCUUGCAUGGUAUUUUAUGCUACUAAUGUUCUAGCUUAUCAACUAUGGCAUUAAUGUUUCA